AUGGACCUUCUCGACGAGAUGUUCCUCGUCAAACAAGGAGAAUAUGGAAGUUUUGCUGUGCGGGAAAGAGAGAAGAAGAAGAACAUGGUGACCGUGCGCUCAGGCGAACGAACACAAACGUCGUUUAUGCAGCGAAACAAAAGUACUUGGUUCGGAUGCGGAAAGCACAUCCCGAGUGUGCUGGACCAGCUCCCGGUGGAGAACUGGUGCACCUGCGAGCCGAAGUUUGAAGUGGAUGGCAAGAAAUACCCUCCAAAGGUCAAGCAAUAG